CCUUUCAUUUUUUGAUUUCUCCAUCUCUCAUUACUGGAGACAUACUGUUUGAACACAUUCCGAAUUCAAAGGACUAACUGCGGCUUCUCCUCGCCUAGAGGAAACAAUUUUCCAACCAUGGACGGAUUCAGGUUGCCAGAGGAUACUGCAGAGGAUCGUGUGUUGGCGGUCACCGAGUUUUUAGAUCCUACUGAUACUCGUGCUCGAAGUUACCGUGCGGAUAUCGUGUUGAUGCUCAAUAGAGGUCUCCGGAGAUUGAUAGUCAGCAUCGAUGAGGUACGAUCGCAUAAUAGAGAUCUUGCACAAGGUCUUCUUAUGUCACCUUUCGAAUACACGGAAGCAUUCAACAAAGCCUUGAAGAAUGUCAUCAAGACUCUUCCCAACAGGCCAGCACGAGAGACAGCCGAGGAUGUGAUGUAUUACUGUGCUUUUAUCGGCGCUUUUGGUGAGAACGCUUGCAACCCCCGAACGCUCGGGUCCUCACACCUCAAUCGCAUGGUGUCGCUCGAAGGCAUCGUCACAAAAUGCUCGCUCGUUAGACCGAAAGUGAUCCAGAGUGUGCACUACAGCGAGAGGAAGAAUAAGUUCUUUGCGAGGAAAUAUAGAGAUCAGACCAUGACAGCCAGCGGCGCCACAAGUUUGAACGUAUAUCCUCAAGAAGACGACGAGAAAAACCCUCUCACUACAGAGUUCGGAUACUGUACCUAUAUGGACCAUCAAACGAUCUCAAUUCAAGAAAUGCCGGAGAGAGCACCGGCUGGUCAAUUACCUCGAGGUGUGGAUGUCAUCUUAGACGACGACCUGGUUGAUCGCGCAAAGCCAGGUGAUCGUAUCCAACUAGUAGGAAUCUUCCGCUCCUUAGGAAACAGAGGUGCAGGCUCGGGUUCUUCCACUUUCCGAACAGUCGUUCUCGCAAACAACAUUAUUCAGCUGUCAUCAAAGUCUGGUGGUGGAAUCGCACAGGCAACACUCACAGAUACUGACAUUCGCAAUAUCAAUAAGUGGGCUAAGAGCAGGAAGACCAAGAUUUUUGAUAUGUUGGCUCAAUCGUUAGCCCCCUCUAUCUACGGACAUGAGUACAUUAAGAAAGCUGUUUUACUCAUGCUUUUGGGUGGUAUUGAGAAAAAUUUGGACAACGGCACCCAUCUUCGUGGUGAUAUCAACGUUCUUAUGGUCGGUGAUCCAUCAACGGCCAAAUCACAGAUGCUACGUUUUGUCCUGAACACAGCGCCACUAGCGAUUGCCACGACCGGACGAGGUUCAUCAGGUGUCGGUCUCACUGCAGCCGUAACAACCGACAAGGAAACCGGUGAGCGAAGACUGGAGGCUGGUGCUAUGGUGCUUGGUGACCGUGGCGUUGUCUGUAUCGACGAGUUCGAUAAGAUGAGUGAUGUCGAUCGUGUUGCCAUCCACGAAGUGAUGGAACAGCAAACUGUCACAAUUGCCAAAGCAGGUAUCCACACAUCGUUGAACGCUAGGUGUAGUGUCAUUGCUGCUGCCAAUCCAAUCUAUGGCCAAUAUGAUCCUCACAAGGACCCUCACAAGAACAUCGCUCUUCCCGAUUCGCUGUUAUCUCGUUUUGAUUUACUGUUCAUUGUUACGGAUGACCCAGAGGAUAAGGGUGACAGACUCGUGUCAGAACACGUCCUGCGUCGCCACCGUUAUCGCCAGCCAGGUUCCGAAGAAGGUGUUCCAGUUCGUGAAACAGCAACGCAGACUCUCGGUGUUGGAAUAGAAGAGUCUCAAGAUUCCAACCAACCGACGGAGCCCCUAGAGAAAUACAAUGUCAUGCUACAUGCCGGUAUGGCAGCAACGAGUAAGAACGGCAAUGUUGAGGUGUUCAGUCUACCUUUCAUCAAGAAGUAUAUUCAAUAUGCAAAGUCUAGGAUCAAGCCUGUCCUGACAAAGGGAGCUGCGGAUCAUAUCGUUGCCACUUAUUCGGCACUUCGCAAUGACGACCUUACCGGCAAUCAAAGGAAGACGUCUCCCAUGACAGCUCGUACACUUGAAACAUUGAUCCGUCUAUCCACUGCUCACGCUAAAGCUCGAUUGUCAAACCGCGUGGAGGAGAAAGAUGCAAAAGAGGCGGAAGCCAUUUUGCGAUUUGCUCUGUUCAAAGAAGUUGUAGAAGAUGCAAGAAGAAAGCGACGUAAAGUGACUACAACCGACUCCGACGAAGAGUCUAAUGAAGACUCGGACGAAGAUAGCGAGGAAGAGUCAGAGUCCGUUGCAAGUCGGGCAAACCAACGGCCCGGCAGGCGAUCAGGUCUCAGAUCUACAGGAACAGUUGACGAUUCAUCUGCUCUUGAAUCUGAAGCUCCUGCAAGCAGCCACCCAGAGAAGCCACAAUCCAGUCGAGCUACCCGCGGGGAGACACAGACCGAAUCUCAGAUGUCUGUCGCAUCAUCUCUUCCCGCCUCACAACUUCUCCAGUCACAGACAGACUCUCAAGCUAGCUCGGUCGCGCCGAUUCAACCGGCACGCUUGAACAUUUUCCGCCAAACUCUUGGGCCUCUAAUGUCUCAAGUAUUUGUCAAUGACGAUAGUGCGGAUUUGGAAGCUCUGAUUGGCGCUGUGAAUACAUCCAUUAGAGCAAACCAAAGCCUGGGUGAGCGUAACGUCUUCCAGAGGCAUGAAGCUAUCCAGGCUCUGAAGGUAAUGAACGAAAGAAACGAAUUAAUGUUCCUUGAGGAGGAUGAUACCGUCUACAGAAUCUAGUUCUAGGAUAUUACUGGGAUUGUUAAGUGUUAUGAUAUCUUUGCGUAAACAGUGGUUGGCGAUUGGGUUGAUGGUGUUGGGUGUCUUAAUAUCCAUUUUUACCCGUUGAUGGGCUGUUUUCACGUUUAUUGAAUGUAUUCAUGAAACUAAUUAUCUACUACAUCCUCCAAAAUGCGAGCACCCCGUCUCAUUUCAC